GCCAAAUAAACCCUCAAGACCAGAAUCUCAAACACAUGACACAAAGCGCAGACGUGUUUAUCCUGAAUCUGACAACAAACGGAGACAUUCUGCAGGUUUAGGAGGCGACUUUUCAUUUUAACAACACGACAGGCCUUUGUUUUAAACACAGGCGCUCUUCAUCAUGUCCGCUGAUCUGGAUCUUUCUCCUCCGGAGGUUCCUGAACCCACUUUCUUCGAGAGUCUCCUGCGUUAUGGAUUAUUUCUAGGGGCCAUUUUUCAACUCAUCUGUAUUUUAGCUGUAAUUAUACCCACAUCCAAGGGCCACGAACAGCCGGUGGAGACAUCAGAUCCGGCCGACACUCGCAGCACUGAUCAGAACCGAAAAGCAAAGCCGCCCGUUCAACAGAUCCGCCAGAAGAUGAAGAAGGAGAGCAAGAAGAAGAGAUAGUUCCAGGAGUGUGUGAAUGUGUGAAGAUUCCCUGCAGCGUCUGAUAGACUGGUAUAAUGUGCUGGAUUCCACACAGGUGUCAAACUCAGCUCCUGGAGGACCACAACUCUUCAACUUGAUCAAACUAAUCGAGUUCUACCAGUUCUACAGGUUUGGAAAUUACAGGUGAGUAUGUUGAAGCAGGGCUGGAACUAAACUGCAGAGCUGCGGCCCUCCAGGAGCUAAGUUUGACACUCCUGCAUUAUAACAUCUGGAUUGACCGAGUUACUCUUCAGCUUAUGAUUAUUGUACAAGCAGUGUGCAAACUUGGUCCUGGAGGGCCGGUCUUCUGUUUAGCUCCAACUUCCUCCAACACACCUGCCUGGAUGUCUAGUACACCUAGAAAGAGCUUGAUGAGCUGGUUCAGGUGUGUUUAAUUGGAGUUAGAACUAAAAUCUGCAAAGCACCGGCCCACCAGGACUGAGUUUGGACACUCAUGUAUUAUAAAAUCUGAACAUUGUUUAGAUCAACGGUCUCAAACUCAGUUCCUGAGCUCUGCAGUUUAGUUCCAACCCUAAUUAAACACACCUGAUCAUGAGUCCUUCAGGCUUGUUUGAAACCUGAUGGUAAGUGUGUUAAAGCAGGGCUAGAACUAAACUGCAGAGCUGCGGCCCUCCAGAAACUGUGUUUGACACUCCUGCGUUAUAACAGCUGGAUGGACCGAGUUACUCUUCAGCUAUUAUAAUAUCUGAAUGCUGUUUAGUGGUCUUAAACUUUAUAUCUGCAGGGCCACAGCUCUGCACAGUUUAUCUCCAACCACCUUUAACUCAGGAGUACGCAAGAUUGCUGAAGAACGCAUACUGAGAGCCUAAGUUUGGACAGCCCUGCUCUAUUAGUCUUGAACAGCUUGAUUAGUCGGCUGAGCUGUGUUUGAUUAGGGUUGGAGGUAAACUGUGCAGAGCUGCGGCCCUCCAGGAAUCCAGUUUGAGGCCUGUGGUUUAGAUGUGUCCGUGCACAUCAAACUGUUUUUUUUCUUUCACAAGUUAUAUGCUGUAUUGUUUUUUAUGUCAUCUUUGAGGUUGUUUUAUGAUUCCUUUUUUUUUUUUUUUUUAAAUAAAGCAUUUUUUGUGCUUUUUCUGUUUUUGUUUAAGUAAAGAGUCUUAUUUCAGUACAACUC